GAGACCAGACCCAGGAUGGCAAGCAUGUUCUUGUCCUACCUGCUAGGAGUCUGGCUGCUGCUGGCACAGUUUCCAAUGGAGACCACUGCCAAUUCACUGAGCCGACGAGUGUUCAAACAUUUUUGUGCCGUAGGUUUUAGUCGCUUUGAAUUAGCAUGCAGGUCAGGCUGGCAGAGAGACUCAAGUAUCCACGAGGAAGUGACACUGCAAGAAGGAUCACUAUCAGACAUCCCUGCGGUCUUCAGCUACAGAGAUGUACAAGCCUUAAAAACAUUGUCAGAGUCCAAUCCUGAUUUUCCACAGGACCUGAAGGCAGCAUUUUCUGACAGUUGGUCAGUAUUGAGAAACCUACAACAUUCAAAAGACCGGGGGCAUUUUCUCCAUUUGUUCGCCAGAAUUUGCUGUUAUCUUAACUGUGCAAAGAAUGUUAAGUAUCACGCUUGUGGUAACAAUGGCAAUCAUUUUGGUAUGUAAUCUUGAUUUGCAUUCUCAAUUA